AUGACUUCUACCUUGCCUGACACUCUCUCACAGACCUAUCAAAGAUACAAGGAAGACACCAAGACAAUUGUUACUUGGCUAUCAAACGAAGCCAACACGAGCGGUUACAAGCUACCAAUUCAUAUUGCUACACCACCUGCCAUAUCAACUGGACGUGCGAAAGGGAAAGAUCGCAAAUUAGUCCGGACCCAAGAUGCUUCUGCUUCUCCGGCUAUCAAGCUACCUACCUUUAUCUUGGUUGAGCAGGCUAAAUGGCUAGCUAAUGGCAAGCCUAAAGUUAAGGUGCCUGUUUAUAUACACAGCAGCCUGGAGCGGGCUAUUCGUGCCCGACAGCGCUGCUCGAAUUGGUUCAUGAGCAACUCACCUACCGACGAUGAAGGUGCAGAGAAUACGAAGGCCCACAUACACUUCAUCAAUUGUCUCAUACAGAUUCGAGAUGUCUUGCGCCCGUUCUUCGAAAUACCUGAUCUUAAACCUCGCAGUUUGAGAAGCUCAACGACAUCAAGCCCUCUCACUAGCUUGAAUAACUCCUUCCAAGCACUUAAAGUGAGCGAUAUAAACGAUGAGACCUUGGAUAGUCUUGCCAUCGAGCCUGCCGCCACAGUUAAGACCGGACAACAACCGAAGAAAGCCAACGCGCGUGAAUAUGAGCUGGAACGAGGUGAAGAUGAAGAUCUUACAUUCCGUAUCUUCUGCUUCUUCGAGGACCUUCAUCGAAUUCAAGACGUCCUCAAAGAGGCAUGGCAACGAUGCCACCAGAAAACACUCGACUCCUCCGUUGCUGCUCUCAUGACCGAUGUAGCUAUAAAUAUGGUGGAAAAGUGGGAAGCAGACCUGGUCACACUCGCUCAUGGCCGUCUUGACCGAUGCGACCACACUCAAUACUUCCGAUUCUUUACUCAACUAUUUCCAACUGGGGAUUCUGUGGCCCAUCCUGAGAACCUUGGCCAUGGCACCGAUUGGGCAUACAUCUGGGAGUUCCUCAUGCUACAAAAAGAAGUGGCAUUCACGCCUCAACGGAAUCCAGCGUUUACGAGAUCCAUCUUCCCCGAACCUCUCACAAGCAUGCCUCAAUACGCCAGCAAGAAAGAUGAAGACUUAUUUAUGAAUCGGAUGAAUUUGGAUAUUUCUAGUUUCAAAGUCAAUAAGGGUGUCCAGUUUCUUGAACUCGAGAUUCUGGACAAUCGAAGUGCUGGAAACAAACCUGGGUUCCCGAGACGCUAUUAUGGUUACCUAGACGGCAUCACUAAGACUAUGUGUAAGACGGAGAACGACGUCAUUACUGUCUUUGCUUCAAGGCUCCUUCUUGAUGCCAAUCAUAUCUUGGGAGCCUCUGUCAAGGGUUUCUACGAAGAUCUCAGACGUGACGGAGCGUCUGCGCUUCAAAUUUUGGAUUUUGAUCACUACCAUCAAGGAUUGUUGAAGCAUCGUGCUGGAUAUGAUCAAAGCAUUCGUGACGGGCUUGAAUUAGCUUGGGGAUCAGAUGAAGCGGUUCGACAAGCGACUGGUGCGUUUUCGAUGAUUCGAUGUGGUAUCAAGACCAAUCUUGUUGCAACUAGGAAGAAGGCUUGUAUGAAGAAUUGGGCCAUUCCUAGCGGAUCCUCUUCGCCGUCAGAAGUUGACCAGAUAUUGAUACAGACAUGGCCAUCAAAGGACCCAAUAUUCUUCUAUAACCACAAUCCUAUAUACUGUGGCAUGGAGAGCCUUCGACUUGCUGUCACCAUGCACAAAACCGGUAUUCUCUUGUCAAACGGGAUAUAUGCUUUUGUGGCUAUGGCCCAUGUGUAUAACCUGGUAAAUCAGAAUGAACUGCUUGCAGCCCCGUGGACCGACAUGGAACAGGCUAUGGAGCGAUUCAAGAGUGAACUCUUUCACGGCAGUUAUCCCAUGAAACUUGACGAGAUUGUUCGGCGUUAUGGAUUGUGUUUCGGGAUCAAGGCUUCCAAUUUUGCUCGCAAUGCUAGAAAGAAGGUUCUUGCUCGCACCAUAAAGCGCGUGGAGCCUUUGAAAGAAAGUCCGAUAUCAGCAUGCUUGGAAGCCUACUUAGCAGGCAAUGAAUCUGCAGAGAGAUUUCUGCACAGCAUCAACAAGUUUAAGAAUCUCGAGCCUUCACCAACCAAGAGUUCAAAUUUAAUAGACAUGUUUGAUGGACUUCGAGAUGUUGUGCAAGAAGCUCUACCGCAAAUACGCGAAGAUCUCAUCUGUCUCAAUCGUCAGUGCGACAUACUCCUAAGGCGAAUUUGGGACAAGCUUCAGGCAGAGCUUGAUGUAGAUUUUGGGGGCGGUAGUAAUGUUACUUGUUUCUACAUUGGUUCGGCCGUGUUGAGCAAUGUUUGUGGGCACAUUACUGACAGAUCUCCAAAUUUUGAACGAUCUGGAGCGCCAUUCCAGAGGAAGACCGUGGAGAUCACAGCUAUUGUCGUGCAGGAAUUCAUCAAGGAGCUCGCGGUGGCAGACAAGAAGGCAGUGGAGCCUUUCAGUAUAGAUGAAGUUACCCGCGAUUCGGAUGACUAA